UUGUUAUUAUGCGUUUAAUCACCGGACAUCUACUGCAGAGGUCAAGGGAAAACAGUAGGAAGAGUAAUUUCUAGGUUGUAUGUCGGAUGUGUGGUCUCUAUAAUAGUAUUUGCGUUGAGUCUUAGAACUAUGAACUUCGGUGUUGAUAGUCCGCUGUCUGCCGCAGUCGGAUUGUUUACAGCCAGCAAGGACUGCGUUUAUCACGUCUCUUCACUGCAGCUGUAUAAACAAACAUGAGUCCAAUCUCAAGACAACGACAGGCAGUGGCCGCAGCGAUCCCAAUCGGCAGCGACCAUUCGGUAUCCACUUACUCCAUAACAAGGAAUAUUCAACGGUUUCUUAGCCAUAUUAGAUAUGAAAAUCUGGUGGCGGGACUGAGUGGAGGAGUCAUAUCGACGAUGGUGCUACACCCUCUGGAUCUGGUCAAAAUACGGUUUGCUGUGUCUGACGGUCUGUCAAUGCGGCCGCAGUACGAUGGGGUUCUCCACUGCUUAAGGAGCAUCUGGCAGGUAGAGGGGAUCCGAGGUCUCUAUCAAGGGGUCACCCCAAACAUCUGGGGCGCUGGGGCCUCCUGGGGAUUAUACUUCCUCUUUUAUAAUGCUAUCAAGGCAUACACUCAGGAGGGCCGCAGCACUGAGCUGACAGCUGUAGAACACCUGAUGUCUGCGGCAGAGGCAGGCAUUCUGACUCUCUGCCUCACCAACCCCGUCUGGGUGACUAAGACACGUCUGGUGCUUCAGUACAAUGCCGACCCGGACAGGAAGCAAUACAGAGGGAUGUUUGACGCCCUGGUGAAAAUAUAUCAACAUGAGGGGAUCCCAGGACUCUACAGGGGCUUUCUGCCGGGCCUCGUUGGGACAUCUCAUGCUGCUCUGCAGUUCAUGACCUAUGAGGCUCUGAAGAGGGACUACAACAAGUACAGGAAGAUGCCUUCAGAUGCUAUGCUGUCUCCAUGGGAGUAUGUCGCCAUGGCGGCUGUGUCCAAGAUAUUUGCUGUGGCAACCACCUACCCUUAUCAGGUAGUUCGGGCACGCCUCCAGGACCAGCAUAACACCUACACUGGUAUUGCUGAUGUCAUCUCCAGGACAUGGAGUAAUGAAGGAGCAGUGGGGUUUUAUAAGGGCAUGGUCCCUAACCUGAUCCGAGUAAUCCCUGCUUGCUGCAUCACCUUCCUGGUCUAUGAAAACAUCUCCCGCAUGCUCCUGGGUCAGUGCAAGUGAAACAACAUCAACAACCAAACCACUAGAACCUUUGGACCUGUCAAUCAACUAUCCUGAGACUGGUUCUGUAUCGCUGUCAAGAUUCUAGAACAAGUUAAGGUGAAGUUCCGAGUGAUACCAGCUGGGGGCACUCCUUUAACAUGUUAAUCAAUCACUGGGAAGGAUUUUACCCAUAUGGACCUAGAGAAGUAUUAGAGGAGAGACAAAGGAACAUGUGUGAAAGAUAGCAAUGAUACUUUAUUUAUUUGUCUGAUUUCCACUUUGUAUCUUAUUAAAUAGACUAGAUGGGGCUGCUGACCACAAAAUAGAACACACACAACAUUGCAGCCUGUAUAAAAAACACACAACCACACGGUACCACUGUGUGUGUGUUGUACUCUAUUACAUGUAUGUUCACACAUUUUGUUGAUAAAAGUCACACAAAUCAACAAUACAAAUCAGGUCAUACAAAUUAAUCAUGUGAUUUCCACCAAGUGGAGAAGCUUAGUUAGCAUCCAGAAUAUUGUGUGUAUUUCAGAGAUUUACAGUAUGUCUACAUCUACUUAAAUAACAGGUCAAUAUUCACUGUGUGUUGAACAUCUUACAAAUUUGAACAUGUUGUCAUGACAUUAUUGUCUAUAGUUUCUGAGUGGUGAAACCAGUUACCUCUUAAUGAAAAUGACGUCAGAAAAUGUCCACUGCUAAAGUAUUUAAAGACGGAAAGUUGGGAAUUGGAACCCUGGGAAAGUUCCAGACUUAGAAUGUAUUGCACAGCUGGACUAUCGGGAAUGACACAAGACACUGGAAAAGAACUGAUGCUCAGGCUGCGGUGUUUCAUACUCACAGAAAGUGAGAGCUUCUAACGACAUCGACGGGUCUGUUUGGACAGAACUAUAACUGUUUUUUAUAUAACUAUAACAGGACUGCUUUUCAUUGACGCCAAGUGUGGUAUCUUUCCAACUUGGUUUUCAUUUCUUUGUUCUGUCCAUGUUCCAUCCUGUAAGGUCUUAGAUUUCAGGAAAUUAUAUGUCACCAUUUUUUUUCUUGUCAGACAUAAAUUGGGCAUUUCUUCUUUUGAUAAUCAAAUAAAUCCUUUACCAAUUGA